AUGGAGGGGGCAGUUGCAGAGGUUGAUAAAUCCGCAUUCGUAGAAUGUUUGGCUCUUUCAAAGAAAAAUCCAUAUAUCCUUCAACUUGCAUUCACCGCAGGGAUUGGUGGUCUUCUCUUUGGCUAUGACACUGGUGUGAUAUCUGGUGCACUUUUGUAUAUCAGAGAUGACUUUAAGGAAGUGGAGAGAAAAACUUGGUUGCAGGAAGCAAUAGUGAGUACAGCAAUUGCUGGUGCAAUUAUAGGAGCUUCAGGUGGUGGAUGGAUGAAUGAUCGGUUUGGAAGGAAAAUUACAAUCCUUUAUGCAGAUGGACUAUUCUUUGCUGGAUCAGUAAUCAUGGCUAUUGCACCUAACCCAACAAUUCUAAUUGUUGGUAGAGUUUUUGUUGGUCUUGGUGUUGGAAUGGCAUCAAUGGCAUCCCCUCUUUAUAUUUCUGAGGCUUCUCCAACUAAAGUUAGAGGCGCUCUUGUUAGUCUCAAUAGUUUCCUUAUCACUGGUGGACAAUUUCUUUCCUACAUCAUCAAUUUGGGACUGUCCAGGCUGCCUGGAACAUGGAGAUGGAUGUUAGGAAUAGCCGCAGUACCAGCUGUUGUACAACUUGCACUUAUGUUUUCACUCCCAGAAUCACCACGUUGGCUAUACCGAAAGGGAAGGAAAGAGGAAAGUAUAGCAAUUUUGAAGAAGAUUUAUCCACCUGAGGAAGUUGAAGCUGAGAUCAAAGUUUUAAGUGAAUCAACUGAAAAGGAAAUUAAGGAAGCAGAAUUUUCAAACAACAUAACAAUAGUACAAAUGAUGAAAACCAAAGCUGUAAGGAGAGGUUUAUAUGCAGGAAUGGGACUUGCAAUUUUCCAACAAUUUGUUGGAAUCAACACUGUCAUGUACUACAGUCCAGCCAUUAUUCAGUUAGCCGGUUUUGCAUCCAAUCAAACGGCACUUCUUCUGUCACUCAUAACAUCUGGACUAAAUGCAUUUGGUUCCAUUUUAAGCAUGUACUUGAUUGAAAAAAGCGGGAGAAAGAAACUCGCUUUAAUAAGUUUGACAGGAGUUGUAGGAUCGCUAAUUCUUCUUACCGUUGUUUUUCAUCAGACUGCGAUUACCUCACCACUUAUUAGUCCAACUGAAACUGCUAACUUCAAUUCCACUUGCCCUGGUUACUCUAAAGCUAUUGACCCUGCUAAAUGGGAUUGUAUGACUUGUCUUAAAGAUGAAUCAAAUUGUGGCUUCUGUGCUUCCACCGAUAGGGUAAACAAACUAAAACCAGGGGCAUGCUUAAUCCAAGAUGACGCGUCUAAGGAGCGUUGCGCAUCACAACAUAGGGAUUGGUACACACAAGGAUGUCCAAGCAAAAUAGGAUGGUUGGCAAUAGUUGGUUUAGCAGUCUACAUAAUAUUCUUUUCACCAGGAAUGGGAACUGUUCCAUGGGUUAUCAACUCUGAAAUAUACCCUUUAAGGUAUAGAGGAAUAUGUGGAGGAAUAGCAUCAACAACAGUGUGGGUCUCUAACCUCAUUGUUUCUCAAUCCUUUUUAUCUGUCAUAGAACUUCUUGGGACUGCAUGGACAUUCCUGGCUUUUGGAGUAAUUAGUUGUAUGGCCAUUGUUUUUGUUAUUAUUUUUGUACCAGAAACUAAGGGAGUUCCUAUGGAGGAGAUGGAAAAAUUACUUGAAGAAAGAAAACUUGGUUUCGAUCUUGGGAACAAACCUAGUUCAUAAGUUAAGCUCGAGACGAGUCCUAUAUAUGUCAUCGAAAAAUAAAUAAAUUGA